AACGCCUCCAUAAAACAAGUCCCUUCUCUCCGUUGCCGCCCAUUAUGUUGGGCGGCGUGCCUACCUGUUGAACGCAGCACGCGCAACGUUACGAUCCUACCAUCCCAGUGUGUUCGUGACGAGUGUUGGUGCGAGUGACGGUGCUAAGCUUCUGUCAUCAAAUUUCAUCCAAUUCGACACUCGGAUUGUAAUUUUUGAAGUACUCAUUGUAUGUUUGUUAGUUCACGCCGAGUGAGAAACGAAUAUGGAGUCGGAAAACGGAAUGAGGAAGCAUCAGCCGGCAACAAUCACGGUGUACCCACAGCAUCAGCAAGUGAUUACCACCGUCACAGUACAUCCGAAUGAUCAACCACCAGUUUCAACUGAACCGGGUGUUACGUACGUUCAACUCAAUCCAGGGCAUUUCACUACCCUCGGUGGCAUUUUAAAACUGAUCCAAAUCCUCUUUGCCGUUAUUUGCAUGUCAUGCGCCUCACCAGCCUGGAAACCUGGAACUUCUUGGUUUCUCUUUGUGGUCGUUAUCUGUUUCAUCUUGACACUGUUUUGGAUUUUUGCUCAUCUGUUGUCACUUGUCAACAGCCUCAAAAUUGGCGCAUCUUGGCUAUCCAUCGAAUAUGGAUACAACAUAGUAGCAUCUUUGCUCUACUUCACAGCUUUCAUCGUCCAGCUGGCCGUCUGGGCUCCGGCUUCCAGCUAUUUCACCAAUUCAAACGUCGCUGCUGGGGUCUUCGCCCUGUUCAACUUUGUCGUUUACGCUUGCGCCACUUUCCUCCUUCACAAGGAAGUGAAAAAUCAACCGAAAUAACUGUGACAUCAUUUGCCCCCUCUCAUGUUGUUGCCACACAUACACACACAUCACUCACGCAAUUGUUCGAUUAAUGGUUAUUUGUUUAAAUAUUAUAACUAUAUUAGGCGUCAUUGUCUCUUACAAAUAAAUGCUUCGUUUUUUUUCUUUUGAAAAAUAAACUAUUAAAUGUUUGACUA